CGGGCGGCGGCGGCUGAGGCCGGGCCAUGGCGGCGACGGCGGUGGCGGCGGGGGCCGGGGCGGCGGCGGGGGCCGAGGCGGCCGAGGGGCGCGCGGGGCCGGCGGCGGCGCUGGAGCGGUGGCUCAAUAAAGCCACAGACCCAAGCAUGCCAGAACAGGACUGGUCAGCUAUCCAGAAUUUCUGCGAGCAAGUGAAUACUGAUCCCAAUGGCCCAACACAUGCGCCCUGGCUGCUGGCCCACAAGAUCCAGUCUCCACAAGAGAAGGAAGCCCUCUAUGGCUUAAUGGUGCUGGAGAUGUGCGUGAGCCACUGUGGAGAGAAGUUCCACAGCGAGGUAGCUAAAUUCCGCUUCCUGAAUGAGCUGAUCAAAGUGUUGUCCCCAAAGUACCUCGGGUCCUGGACCACAGAAAAAGUUAAAGGAAGAGUCAUUGAAAUACUUUUUAGUUGGACAGUCUGGUUUCCAGAAGAUAUCAAGAUCCGGGAUGCUUAUCAGAUGCUGAAGAAACAAGGAAUCAUAAAGCAAGACCCUAAACUCCCCAUGGAUAAGAUCUUGCCCCCACCUUCUCCCUGGCCCAAGAGCUCCAUCUUUGAUGCUGAUGAAGAAAAGUCAAAGCUUCUGACCAGGCUUUUGAAGAGCAACCACCCUGAGGAUCUUCAGGCUGCGAACCAGCUGAUCAAGACUUUGGUCAAGGAGGAACAAGAAAAGUCAGAGAAGGUGUCCAAGAGGGUCAGUGCUGUGGAGGAAGUGCGCAGCCAUGUGAAGGUGCUUCAGGAGAUGCUGAGCGUGUACCGCAGGCCUGGGCAGGCCCCCCCAGACCAGGAGGCCCUGCAGGCGGUGUAUGAGCGGUGUGAGAAGCUGCGGCCCACCUUGUUCCGGCUGGCAAGUGACACCACCGAUGACGACGAUGCCCUCGCGGAGAUUCUCCAGGCAAAUGACCUCCUCACCCAGGGAGUCCUGCUGUACAAACAGGUGAUGGAGGGCCGUGUCAUCUUUGGGAGCACAGUGGCCAGUUCAGUGGGAGACGUACCUGUCUCCAGAGUCUUUCAGAAUCCAACAGGCAGCAUGAAGAACUGCCCACUGAUUGACUUGGAGAUGGACAGUGGAUCUGAGCAGACCAGGACUGUGGCACCUUCUUUACUUCAUCAGGACCUGGCAGCCUUAGGAAUCAGCGAUGCUCCAGUUUCCAACAAGGUUGCAGGGCAGAAUUGCUGUAAGGAAAAGCAGAAUCCUACUGCCAGCCCCCUGCAAGGUGGUGGUGGUGAGAGCUCUUCUGCGGAGACAAACUUACUGGAUCUCCUCUCUCCACAACCGUCUCCAGCCCCACUGAAUUAUGUCCCACAGAAAACUAUCCCUAAGGAGGUGCCACCAGGCACUAAGUCCUCUCCGGGUUGGUCCUGGGAGGCCGGCCCACUGGCUUCUUCAUCUUCCCAGAAUGCACCUCUGGCUCAAGUAUUUGUCCCUUUGGAAUCUGUUAAGCCCAGCAGUCUGCCGCCUAUUAUUGUGUAUGACCGGAAUGGAUUCAGAAUUUUGCUCCACUUUUCCCAAACUGGCGCCCCUGGCCACCCAGAGGUGCAGGUGUUGCUGCUGUCCAUGAUGAGCACUGCCACCCAGCCCGUCUGGGACAUCAUGUUUCAAGUGGCAGUGCCAAAGUCGAUGAGAGUGAAACUGCAGCCAGCGUCCAGCUCCAAGCUCCCUGCAUUCAACCCUUUGAUGCCUCCAGCUGUGAUCUCCCAGAUGCUGCUCCUUGACAAUCCACACAAGGAGCCCAUCCGGUUACGGUAUAAGCUGACAUUCAAUCAGGGUGGACAGCCUUUCAGUGAAGUAGGAGAAGUGAAAGACUUUCCAGACCUGGCAGUCUUGGGUGCGGCCUAACUCUUCACAAGACAGACUCUGCAGACUCUGCCUUUCAAGCUUAGGCAGAUGUUUUGCUGUCUAGACAGGACUUAUCAAUGGCGAUUCAAUGCAGAGUGCCAAGUUUUAUCCUGACUUCAGGCUUUGGAUGCCAACCUCAUACUUACUCUGCAGAUAGUAUGUGUGUGUGUAUAUGUAUGUAUGUUGGGUAAGGGGGGAGGAUAGAGCAGGGUUGGGAUGUGGGCAGUGUGGGAAAUGCUAAACAUUUUUGAUAACCAUCUGCUAUAAUCAUAGCUGUUUCUGCAUGUUGGUGGACAGUGAUGUCCCUGCCUCAGGUGAGAGGUUUUAUAAGCCAAAGUGUUUUUUUCCCCUACCCAUGUAUUGUUAUCUUCUCAUUCAUCCACUCUGUGCCUUGUCAGCCUUUGAAAGUCUUGGUUUGCUCCCAGGAUGCUUUUCUCAGGGACCUUAAAAGGGACCUGGUUGGUCUUGGGGCAGAGAGUAUAUUUUGGGACACUCUCUUCCAAGAAAGACCUUGUCUCCAUUUCCAUUAGUCUGCUGCUUGCAUGUGUUCAGUAAGAUCUAAAUGGAAUGCCUGUUGCACUGUUUUCCAGGCAAGUUGCUGCCGCUAGAGCAAAGGACCACACUGGGUGGGCCAAUCAUGUCUUCACCACUGUGCCUUAGAAUCAGUCACCCACAGGUGGGCCCACCAGGGCAGAGGGAAAGCAGAUCCCAGGGGUUACUCAGGCCUCAGGUUCCAUGGGUUUGGCAGCCUGUCUGGGCCCUUACUCAGGACCCUCAUUUCCAUCCUCAUCUUUCUCCACAAGCAUUUGCUCAGCUUUUUGAUUGUGACACCAUGUCAGUCUUUGUAUUGAUAAAUCAUAGCUAACAGGUUCACUCUUGCCUGUUGACUUCACAAUCUGAGAUAGAGAACUGUGAUGCUGAUGGAUAUGAAGAGAGCUUAGCAAUGAUUUGUGUGGUGACCGAAAACAGAAAGUCAUUGAAUAAACACCCGUGUAGCAAAUACACUUUGUGGAGUUUUGCAUGAGUGGGAGAUGCAUACUCCAUUGCAUUUGGAGCUGGUAGACCUCAGGGGAACUCAUUUGUUGAAGUAAGGAAGACUUCAUGGGGGAUGUGGCACCCUAAGAACUGCUUCAGUGAAGAGAAGCUCUGAGGAUCUGAAUGAAGAUGGAAAAGAGGUGGAUAUUUGUUACUUUUGUGGUUUGAAGAAAAGAAUUCAGGUUUAUGAUCAACUAGUACUUAGUUCCUACUCAGUACUGGGUGCUUUGUGCAUGUUUUAAAGUCCUGCUUGGCCUGAUUGGUGAGAGAAGGAAGCUGAGUCUGCUGAUGUGGCCUAAUGGAUUAAAAUCUGAGCAGCUCACCUCACUGGACGGGAUUCUACCUCAGAAACUCUAAGGCUCUGUUUGAGGCUCGUUGUAACAAGAUCUGGUACUUUACAGUCUAAUCUUUCCACUUCUGCAUGUAGUUGGAUGUCCUCUAACACAAAUUGGUGGGGGUGGAGCUGUAAAAGAUCAUCAAGGAAUGCUAAUUUUUAGGCAAAUGUGAACACUUACGAAACAAAUUAUGGGGUGAUUUCUUGUGGCAUAACUCACCUAAUUUUUUUUUAAAGAUUUAUUUAUUUAUACAAGAACUGGGGUACAGGCCAGAUGUGUGGGAGGGUGAGAGGAUUCACCAGAGACAGAGUGGAGAACAGAACAGGCAGAAUGACGAAAUACACUGCUGAGGGGAGCAGCGGGCACGACAGGAGAGGUCUGUUGUACCAUGUGGGACCCUCGCUGGCGGCCGAGAAUGAACCCAUGCUGCAGAGGCUACGGACACUUC